UACAACAUUUUAUACAUUAUAUACUAUAUACUUCUGCUUAUAUCAGUAGCCAAUAUUCGAGAAUUCAUCGUGCAAAUAGUCCUCCGUUGAGUAAUAGCACCUCUGAAUAAGUAACUUCUUCAAUUCCCUUGUGAACUGAUUUUUAUUUUCUAUUUCUUUUAUGUUGUUAUUCAAUUUGUUGUAAAAGAUGGGGCUAUUAUGUGAUAUUUGUAGUUCUCACGACCCUGAUUGUUGAUUAUUGCCAUUUGGCAUGUUACGCCGUGUAGUCUGGUCAAUCUUCAAGGCUCAUCAGCUGGAGAGACGUGCAGAAGCCCAUCUGCUGCGGAAACAUUUUGAUGAGUCAAUUCAGUGCUACCAGAAAGCUGCUGAAAAGCUGAAGGAAGCUGAACAGAGAUCAAAUGAUGAGAUGUUCCUUAGAUCUGUGAAAUAUCAACAGGAGCGUUGUAUUCAGUUGCAAAAAGUUAUAAGUAUGAAGAAAAACCAGUACAUAGCAGACAAAACCAGGCAACAGAAAAUGAUCCAGGUUUUGACAAAGUUGGAACAAACAAGUGACGAGCGAAACCAAGAAGCUAGUAAUCUGCAGCGUAAGAUAUACAGAACAAUGGAGGAAGCAGAUUCACUGUUAGAGCAACUUGUCCGUCUUGGAGGAGAAAGUGAUGGAGAUGAGCUCGAAAGUGUAAAGAGUGAUAAUAUUGACGGAGCAUGUGGUGGCGAAGAUACAGUUCAAGUGGAUGCAAGUGAACCUGCCAAGUUAGAAGGGAGCAAGUGGCCUAAAGAUGAUCGCACAGUGAUCGAGGAACUGCGCACUCUAAACCACCAGUUGCGUUCAUUAGUGGUCCAAUUACUAACCCAACUGGAUGCUUCCUGUAAAGAAGCUGAAAUGUUACGUGAACGCGUGCGUUUCCUAGAGGGAGAACGCCGUGUGAAGUCUGAUGAUGUGGAGGGUAGGAUUUCUGUACCUGUGGUGAGAAAGAGUAGUCUUCAUGUUAUCACAGAUUCCACAGGUGGCUCCUCACCCUUUGUGUAUUCACCCUGUAGUGAACUUAGUCCCGAUGUUCCAACCGACACACCACACAUAGUUACGCGGGAGUUACCUGUCCUUGCACCCUUAGAAAUGCCAGACUUUGACUUUGGACAAUUCAAAAAGCAAACUUCUGUAGACCAUUCGCCCAUAUCAUAGCUGUAGCACACAGCAAGAAUUAGAUUUGGUUAAACUUUAUAUACUACAGUGCGGCAGUUUGUCACAUUGCCCUUUUCUUGCCAAGGAAGUGCCAAUUAUUGCUUACUUUGAAUAUUUUAAAGUGACACAACUUGCUUUGUCAGGAAAAAAAAAGUAUGAUUCUGAGAACUGACACAUUAACCAUUUUCAUUUAUUGGACAGUGCCCCUUGCUUAAAGUGUUUUAUUGCAAUUUUAAAAAAUAGGAUUCUGAAAUUAGUAAUAUCUCAUUUUAGACUUUUCAUAAUUGCUAUGGGCAUAUGUUUGGACUUCGACACAGGUUUAUGGUUUUGAGACAUUACAUUUUUAAAUAGUAGUAUUCCGUUACGGAAUGGAAAGUAUGGGCAUAUGUUUGGACUUCGACACAGGUUUAUGGUUUUGAGACAUUACAUUUUUAAAUAGUAGUAUUCCGUUACGGAAUGGAAAGUAUGGGCAUAUGUUUGGACUUCGACACAGGUUUAUGGUUUUGAGACAUUACAUUUUUAAAUAGUAGUAUUCCGUUACGGAAUGGAAAGUGACUCUUAAAUGGUAAGCACCAUCUAAUGUUUGGAGAAACAAAAACUUAAGUGGGAUACUUAGGUAGUUUUCUGACCUGCACUUUCCUGGUAGUAGAUUAAUUCAUCGUCUGAUUUACCAUUUUUAGCAGUAGUGAGAUUGGUACAAACCUAAAGAAGAAAUUGAAAAAAAUAUAUUGCAAAAUGAGCACAGGUAGGACCCCCCAAAAAACUUCUGAAGACUUUUAAAAAGACUAAAGAUUUCUUGCUUUAUACACACGUAAAAAACUAAACAGGCCUAACAACAGGAAUGACGGUAACAGCCUGACUACUGUUAGUUCCUCGGAACUCUAGCCGUUGUAGAGGGGUCAUACCAUCUCUCGUGGGGGUGGGGGAGGGCAGUCUUAUCACCUUGCGUCAGUGUGGGUACUACCAGUUUGGAAUGUAGCGUCUUGGAGUGUGGUCAGGUGUAUAGUACGUUGUGUUGCUUGUUAAUUGGUCUCCAUAGGUAAUGUUUUCCACUCUGGGAGUAGCUCUGAACAUCACCACAGCAAGUGUACAGCUUUGUGUGCUCCACAACAGCAUUUACCUUUCUGCACGGCUAAAGUUACGAGGCACCAACUAUACUGUCAUCAUGGGAGGGCUGCCUUCUCGUUACAGUGAAGUCUUCAGUUUUCUAUAGAGACCACAGAUCCAUAGACGAGGCACCAACUAUACUGUCAUCAUGGGAGGGCUGCCUUCUCGUUACAGUGAAGUCUUCAGUUUUCUAUAGAGACCACAGAUCCAUAGACUGAAAGAAAACUGAUUAAUCUUUACUUAUUGCAGGACGUUUUUCUUCUGCGCUGGUUACACACUAACAAAUGAGAGGUUACUUCUGAAUGAAUGAAUGAAUGAAUUUGAGAUUAUUUGUAAGUGGCCAGGCCUGGUUUAAAGUAUAGCCCAUGUUUUCUCUGGAUGGCCAGUCUCCACACAGAGGUUUGAACUUGGGCUUGCUGCUCCAUCCAAUAGUAUUACCACCAUCUAACAACCAUCCUUGUCUACCAGUCUCAAAACAAUGAAAUUAAAUUAUUUUAGUCUUUGUAGAACACGAAAAAUGUUCAAUGUGACUGAAGGCCCCCAUGGAUUGUAGUGCAAGAGCCAGUGAUGAGGAAAACUGAAUAUACUGAACAAUGAGAAUGAUCAAUGAUGUGCAGUGUGCUAUGUUAUGUACUAAGAACAGAAUACAUUCACUUUUCCUCGCCAAAGGACCACCCUCUGCAAGACAAGCGUCUUUACUUGUACUCAUGAUUUACCAGUUUUUCUUUGUUUUAACUUUAUCUAGGAAAAAAUAAAAUUAUGAAAUUUC